AUGUCAACUACACAGUAUGAUGCUGAUGUUGAAGCUAUAUCAGAUCUUGAAAAAGCUCGAUGUCGUCGUAAUCGUCGUCCAUCUGUACAAUUUAUUGAUAAAAAUCUUAUACGAAGACGUUCAUCUGGUCUUGAAAAACAACCAACACUUACUCAACAACGAACACGUUUACCAUCAAUUAGCUCCACUGAUGAAUAUGAAUCUACAUAUGUAGAUAAUCAAAAACCAGAGUCAACUGCCAGUGAUAGCGAUAGCGAUGUUGAAGAUGGUGCUGGCACUGAUAUACGAGAAAUGCAACAUAAAAAUUCAUCUGGUUUCAAUGAUUUUGCUGUUCGACGAAUAAAACAUGCACCAUAUGGUCGACGUGAAAUUGAAAUUGCUGAACAAGAAAUGCCGGGUCUUAUGGCAUUACGUCGUCGAGCUGAAGGCGAUAAACCACUACAAGGAGCUAAAAUUGUUGGUUGCACUCAUAUAACAGCUCAAACAGCUGUUUUAAUUGAAACAUUAAUUCGUUUGGGAGCACAAGUACGAUGGUGUGCUUGUAAUAUAUUCUCGACUCAAAAUGAAGUUGCUGCUGCACUUGCUGAAGCAUCAAUUCCAAUAUUUGCAUGGAAAGGUGAAAAUGAUGAUGAUUUUUGGUGGUGUAUUAAAAAAGCUAUUGGUGGUGAUCAAGGUUGGCAACCAAAUAUGAUAUUAGAUGAUGGAGGAGAUUUAACACAUUUCUGUCAUAAACAUUAUACAACAUUAUUUUCAACAAUAAAAGGUAUUGUUGAAGAAUCUGUUACUGGUGUUCAUCGUUUAUAUCAAAUGUGUCGUACACAAGCAUUAACUGUACCAGCUAUGAAUGUUAAUGAUAGUGUUACAAAAACAAAAUUUGACAAUUUAUAUUUAUGCCGAGAAUCAAUCAUUGAUGCUAUUAAACGUUGUACCGAUAUUAUGUUUGGUGGAAAACAAGUUGUUGUUUGUGGAUAUGGUGAAGUUGGCAAAGGCUGUUGUUCAGCAUUACGCGGUAUGGGUUGUUUUGUUUAUGUAACAGAAGUCGAUCCCAUAUGCGCAUUACAAGCAUGUAUGGAAGGAUAUAAAGUUGUUCGUCUUGAAGAAGUUAUUAAACAAGUUGAUAUUGUUGUUACAGCAUCUGGAAGUAAAAAUACAAUAACAAGAGAAUUCUUAGAUAAACUUAAAAAUGGUGCCAUUCUUUGUAAUAUGGGACAUUCAAAUACAGAAAUUGAUGUUAGCUUUUUACGUGAAGCAUCACAAAGUGAUUUACAAGUUGAACGUGUUCGAACGAAUGUUGAUCAUGUUAUUUGGCCUAAUGGUAAACGAAUUGUACUACUGGCUGAGGGUCGAAUUAUGAAUUUAUGUUGUUCAAGUGUACCAUCAUUUGUUGUUUCAAUUACAGCUGCUACACAAGCAUUAGCUUUGAUUGAACUUUAUAAUGCUCCACCAAAUCGAUACAAAUGUGAUGUUUAUUUAUUACCGAAAAAAAUGGAUGAAUAUGUAGCAAGUCUUCAUUUACCUGCAUUCGAUGCUCAUUUAACAGAAUUAACUGAUGAACAGUGCAAAUAUUUGGGUAUUAAUAAAGCUGGACCAUUUAAGCCAAAUUAUUACAGAUAUUGA